UUACAAAUGAACAAGAAUAACACAUUUAACGUUCCUCGUCGUUUUGACGUUUUCUACAUUCUCCAUGGCUGCAAACAACGGAGAACCUGCUGAGAUUUCUGAUAUAAAUCUCAGUAGCUGCAAUUUCUCUAUCGGCGAAGGAUCUGAAUCUGAGAUUCCGGAUUCUUCAUAUUCACUCUCCUUUCCUUCUGAGCCUCCUGAUUUAAGGAACUGGUUCUCCAGUUAUGUGUAUGAAUCUCCGGAUUUGGACACCGGAGAAGGGUUUAGUCCUGGAGAUAGCCAAAGCGAAGGAUUUGGUCUUGAAAAUAUCAACAGAAUUAAAAAGGAGGAUUUGGGCCAAUUCAAUGGGCUCGUUGGAUGCCAGAGAUUUAGUGAUGACGAUAACCUAGAAAAUCAGGGUUUAAAUAAGGUACUCUUUUUGCUCUUCUUAGUGAUGUUCAAUGAAUUUGAAGCAUAUGUCCUUGCAAGGAACUAA